AUGAACCCGUGGGGAUCAUACAAUGGGAGGUAAAUUUGAAAAAUCAUCGCAGCUUCACCUCAUAACCCACUUUUCUUUCAGCUACUCUUGGGCGACUCCAUCCGACGAGGUUAUUGAAUGAAACAAAUGUUUUCGAUUUUUGUUAUUAAAUAGUGUAUUUUCAGUACAAUCCAAGUUAUCCAGCUAUGAAUCUUCCAUUCUACAACCCGCAAUCUUCAAAUUACCCGCAACAACAAAAACAACAAGGAUAUUUUCCCAACAAGAAAGAACAGAAUAUUCAAAAGAUUAAGGCUUCUCCAGUUUCAGUGAAGAAAGAAACCAUUACUCCGAAAAGAGUUGGAUCAGGAGGAAGUGCAGUACAAAAAAGACGUGAGAAAUCAUCUGAAUUUCGAAGUGAAAUCGAUUUUUUUCAAAAUUUCAGACACAGUUUAUCAGAAUGGCGCAUGGAAUGGUGAUUGGUCGAAUAUUCGUGGAUCAGUUGGAAAUCGUGGAGGACGAGGAGGAGGAGGACGUGGUCGAGGAGCAAGAAAUGGACGUGGCAAAUUUUUCGGGCCGACCAACAAGAAAACCGACAUCCCAUUCGUUAUCCUUGCCGACAACGCCCCCGCUUUGAGUUUGUCACUGUCCGCAGAUAAUAUUAUUGGCUUCCAUGGUUUUGACAGUGUUUUCACCACCCAACACACGUUCCCAGUCCUUGUGGAAGGUCAAAUCUACACCAGUUGCGAUCACUAUUAUCAAUGCAAGAAGGUGUUGAACUUGACUGGAAGUGUUUGUGAAAGUUUGCUGGUCAAUGUGAGAGAUGAAGCUGGAGUGCCAAUCACAACGGUUUCCAGCUCCGCUGAGCAACAAAAAAGCUUCAGUCAGAUGGCGAAAGAAGCAUUGAAGGCUGCAAACAUCGAGAAAAGUGUUGUUGAAAAAUGGCGUACUACUAAAGGUCUUGCCGCUAUUCAAACCGCUUUGCUAGCAAAAGUCUCACAAUCCGCUCAUCUUCGAGAAGCUCUUAAGGAAACUUCGGACAAUUUGUUGGUGCACGCGUUCCGUGGCGACAGUAUCUAUGGAACUGGAUGCGGUGUGCCAAAGAUCAAACAAUGGGUGGAGGAUUUGCGAAGCUCCGGCGUUCGACAAAUACGAGUUCCCGGCGAAUUCCCGCUCACUGAAACCACUGUUCAAGGAUGUCCGGUGAUCGCGGAGGGUCGCAAUAUUUUGGGAGUGAUUUUGAUGUUGUUGCGCGAGAAGAUUCGCAAAAACGAGAUUGAGGUCGUUGACAUGACCGAAUUGUUCAACAAACUUCGCACACAUCCUGCUGUUGAUGAGAAGAUGGAUUUGACUGCUGGCAAUGAGCCAAUCACCUUGUAA